GAAGUAAAAUUUCCCAUCGCAGAUCUACUGACAUAGCGCCUGAAAUCGAGUCCUUUUCUUUUUUUCCUCUAAAUUGAGCACAAAACUCCUAUAAAUUUGUCACCGAUUUUGAGCGUUAGCGUUAGAUUGUUGUUGGUAGAAAAUAGUUGUUGGCUUGAGAUCGAAUGAUGUGGAAUACAAUCGCUAACUUGAAGGAAAACCUCAAUAAAAUCGUUCUCGAUGUUCAUGAAGACGAUGAUGUAGAUGAGCUAGCGAUGUACAAUUCACGUGAUGGAGAAGAUUCUUCUGUCGCCGAUCGAAGAAUUUCUCACAAUUUCGCACAUUCUAAGUCUCCUUCAUCUUCUCCGCUUGCCAAUGGCUUCGAUUCCGCCUACAACUCCGAGAUUGAGCAAUAUAAAGCAGAAAUCAAAAGGCUUCAGGAAUCUGAGGCAGAAAUAAAGGCAUUAUCAGUUAAUUAUGCAGCUUUAUUGAAAGAAAAAGAGGACCAAAUUUCCAGAUUGAAUGAGGAAAAAGGAUCAUUGAAACAAAAUUUGGAUGCCACAAAUGCAGCUUUGUGUGGAUAUAGAAAUGAAAGCUUCAAGACACCAGUAAACAGCCCUAAUGUGCUCAAGGGGAGUAGUGAUCAGUUAUCCAACCGCCAGCAUAAAGCUGUAAUGAAAAAUAGCACCAAUGGUGUGGUUUCUAAACAGGACAGAAUGAGCAACGGAAGCACACAUUACAACAUGCAAGGCAAUAUUAAGGAGCUUGCAGAUUUGCUAGAAGAGAAAAACAAAUCUUUGGCAGAGAUGCAAGCAACUCACGAAUUGCAAAUAAAGCAGUUGGGUGUGGAACUUGAUCAAGAACGUGGCAAGUUGGCAAAUGUGCAUCUAAGAUUACAAGAGGAGCAGAAGUUGAAUGAAUCUUUCCAGCAGGAGCUGAACUCGUUAAAAGUGGACAGAGAUAAUACCUUCACGGAGAUGGAAAAAACCCGUGAUGAAUUAGAUAAAAGAAUAUCAGAUAUAAAACGAUUGGAAAUGGAGUUGCAUAGGAGGGACAAUGAAGAAGCAGAUGACGAAGUGGAGAGCCUGAAAAGAAGAAUAGCUACACUUGAGAUGGAGAACAGUUCUCUUAAGGUUGAAAAAGAUGGCCUUGAGGCUGCGUUGAGAGUGGCCAGUAAUUCUUCGGGGCACAAAAUUUCAGAUGGGACUUCAAAUAAGAAUUCCAAUAGUUUGAAUGGGACGGCACUCUCAGAAGGUUUUCUGGAAAAGGAAGAAAUGGAGCUAUCUUUGCAAAAACUAAAGAGUGACUUGAAGGAAACACGCAACGCAAGGGACAAAGCAUUGCAAGAACUAAGCCGUCUUAAGCAGCAUUUAUUAGAGAAGGAAUCCGAAGAAUCGGAAAAAAUGGAUGAGGACAGCAAGAUCAUUGAACAAUUACGAGAAAAUAAUGAAUAUCAAAGAACUCAAAUACUACGUUUGGAGAAAGCCCUGAAGCAAGCAAUCACAAGUCAGGAUGAAGUCCGAAUGAUUAAUAACCACGAGUUGCAGAAGUCUAAGGAAAUAAUUGAUGACCUAAAUAGAAAAUUGGCAAACAGUACGAGCAUAAUAGAAGCCAAGAACCUUGAAGUUCUUAACCUUCAAACUGCUCUUGGCCAGUACUAUGCUGAAAUGGAAGCUAAGGACCGUUUGGCAGAAGAUGUAACUGUGGCAAGAGAACAAUCAUCGAGACUUUCAGAGCUUUUGAAGGAUGCACAUCAGCAAGCAGAGGUUUCAGAGAGGGAAAAGGAAGAAAUCUUGGCAAAGCUUUCUCAAGCUGAAAGAACGCUAGCAGAAGGGAAAAACAGAUUGAAUAAGCUUGAGGAAGACAAUGAGAAACUACGCCGUGCUCUAGAGCAGAGUAUGACAAGACUCAAUAGGAUGUCAAUGGAUUCUGAUUUUUUUGUUGACAGGCGCAUUGUGAUAAAAUUGUUGGUGACUUACUUCCAGAGAAACCACAGCAAAGAGGUUCUUGAUCUUAUGGUUCGCAUGCUGGGAUUUUCUGACGAAGAGAAGCUGAGAAUAGGGCUUGCUCAGCAUGGAGCAGGUAAAGGUGUUGUUCGGGGUGUCUUAGGUCUCCCAGGCCGUCUAGUUGGUGGCAUCUUGGGUGGUGGUGGUGGUGGUUCAGCCGAAGUUCCUGCGAAUAUGGCAUCUGAUAAACAGUCCUUCGGGGAUUUGUGGGUUGAUUUCCUUCUCAAAGAAGCUGAAGAAAGAGAAAAAAGAGAAUCUGCAGAAGCUGUCAAUGGAUCUAAGGCAGACCAACAAAAAGGAAGUCCAAAUGGUAAAGGAGCAGCUGCUUCAUCUCUACCUGAUAAUACUACGAAUGCUACGGCAGCUGCUUCUGGUUUCUCAAGAUCAAACCCUUUUCUGGACCAUAACCGAAGUCCCUUGUCUCGUGGAGAUUUUUUGCAUUCCGGCGGCCACUCUGAUUUGGAGUUUUCAACAGUGUCUCUCACUUCAUCAGAAAACAGUUCUCAAAUUUCAAGAUUCCCUCCAAGAUACUGAAAACUUUGUAAUUAAGAAAAAAGAAAGAAAGAGGUAUAGGUCUGUUUUUGUCGUGCAAUUUGUUUCAUUAAUUCUUUCAACCAUGUGUUGAAACGAAAGCAAUUCCCUGUAAUUAUCGUUAUUGUGCAAAUACAUCAACAGAUGAAGGGAUUAUUGAUUUAUAAAACUGCUCAAAGCGUCCUGAU